GUGAGAGUACGGAUUACGGAGUACCUUGAUACUUACGUGUGAUCGGUACGAGAUAUUGGUAAAUACAUACAGGCCUGUAAUUUACGCUUGCCUGCCGGAAUGAUCUAGAUGCUUGGCAUUAUCGGACUUGGAACUCGCCAAACGUCGGCCGGCCGCCUACGGCACCCCACAUCAUAAUCGUGAACCAGCCGUCAUUAAGGUAUGGCCGGCGACAAGAAACGGAGCAAGACCAUAGUGUUCCUGCACCCGGACUUGGGAAUUGGCGGGGCCGAGCGGCUGGUGGUGGACGCGGCCGUGGGACUGCAGAAGCGCGGACACAGAGUGGUCAUCUUCACGAGCCACUGCGAUCCCGCGCACUGCUUCGACGAGGCCCGCGAUGGCACCCUCGACGUCCGCGUGCGCGGCGACACCGUCGUCCCAACGAACCUUCUCGGCCGCUUCGCCAUCCUCUGCGCCAUCCUGCGGCAGCUGCACCUGAUCCUGCACAUCGCGCUCUUCACCUCGGAACUGCGCGACCUCAGCCCCGACGCCUUCUUCGUCGACCAGCUCAGCGCCGGCCUCCCGCUGCUGACAUGGCUCUCCGCCACCACCACGCCCAUCUUCUUCUACUGCCACUUCCCGGACCUCCUCCUGGCGCAAGGGCGCGCCCGCCUCUGGAAGCGCCUCUACCGCGUCCCCUUCGACCGGCUCGAAGGGUGGAGCAUGGCCUUCGCCGACGCGGUCGCCGUCAACUCGGCCUUCACCCAGUCCAUCGUCUCGCAGACCUGGCCGGCCCUGGCACGCAGCAAGAUCCUGCACGUCGUCUACCCCUGCAUCGACACCUCCACCUCCACCUCUAUCUCCUUCUCCUUCUCCCCACCCUCCGGGCCCGAUAAUGACAAUAACAAUAACAACAACAAGGUCGUCGAACCGCUGCCCUGGACCAGCGACGGAAUCAUCCUCUCAAUCAACCGCUUCGAGCGGAAGAAGGACGUCGCGCUCGCCCUGCGCGCCUUCGCCCUCCUUGCCCCCCGGCAGCGCAAGCGGGCGAGGCUGAUCCUCGCGGGCGGGUAUGACAACCGCGUGGCCGAGAAUGUGUCGUACCACGCGGAACUGGUGGCGCUGGCCGACGAGCUGGGCCUCAAGAACGCCACGGCCAAGACCCUGCCUUCGGCGCUCAGCAACGAGGAGGAGGGUGUGCAGGUGCUGUUUCUGCUGAGCGUGCCCAACGUGCUCAAGGAGAUGUUGCUGCGCUCGGCGAGGCUGCUCGUGUAUACCCCGUCCAACGAGCACUUCGGCAUUGUGCCGCUCGAGGCUAUGUUGCGCGGUGUGCCGGUGCUUGCGGCGGAUAGUGGCGGGCCGAGGGAGACGGUUGUCGAGGGGGUUACGGGCUGGUUGAGGGACCCCGGGCAGCCGAGGGCUUGGUGUGAGGUCAUGGAUCGGGUGCUGAAUGAGAUGGGGGAGGAGGAACUGAAGAAGAUGGGCAGGGCCGGGGUGGAGAGGGUGAAGGGGAGGUUUGCGGAGGCGCAGAUGGCGGAACGGUUGGAGGGGAUCUUUGAGGGAAUGGAGAAGAAGAAGGGGUUGAGGAGGUCUGGGGUGUCGGGGUUGGUGGUCUUGGUGGCUGCCGCUGCCGUGGUAGGGGCCUUGAUUGCCGUCAUGCAGGCUGGUAGGAUAGGAAGGUAG